AUGACAACCACCCCCCCGGACCUCGAAGCCGCGCGCCACCACUACCAACACUACAAGGAACAACAUCCAACCCUGCGCAUCUCGACCUCGCUCAACCCCCCCACCCUCUCCCUCUCCCACCCCCAACCCUACCCGGCUAUAACCCUCACCCUCACCCUAACCCUCCACAACGCCCGCCGCCCCCUCACCCUCAGCGCCCGCCCCGGCAGCGGCGGCGUCCUGGAUCCGAAAAAGUAUUCCCCCCGCCACGCGCCGCUCAUCUCCCUCGUCUGCACGCGCACGGGCGAAAGGCCCGAACGAAGUGCGCUGGUGAAGUCGUUUGCGGCGUCCUCGUCAUCUACAUCAUCAUCAGUAUCCGGGAAGGACAUCACGCUCGAUCCGCGCAACGACCUCGUCACCAUCUACCCAACCCACGACGACGACCGCGGCGGCGGCAUCAGCAAGGGCGGAGGUGGAUACCAGCAGCAGCAGCCCCCGCAGCAACCCACGACCCUCACCCGCACCUUCACCAUCUCCGGCUACGACGACCGGCCCCUCGCGCCCGUCGGGCCAGGCGAGCGGCGCGUGAAAGCGUGGUGGGUAGCCGGGUCGGCGCUGAGCGCGCUGCGGGUGGACGAGGGGUACGAGGUCGAGCUUUUGCCUGCUGACGAAGGUGGUGGUGGCGGCGGUGGGGGUGUGGCGGAGUGGUACGAGUGGGGGACGGUGGAGGAGGUGGUGAGGCAGCGGGUGGGGAGCGUGGGGCGGGCGGUGGGGUUUACGAGGUUCCGGGCGAAGCAGAGGUGGUUGGGGCGCGUGGAGGAGGCUGGGGUGGGGGUGGGGUGGGAGGAGGGGGAGAGGGCGGGGCUGAGGCUUGUGGGGUAG